GAGAUAUGAAUAAUUUUAUCAUGGAGGAAAACUUUGCGUAGCGCAGACGGAAUCUAAUCGGAAUGAAGCGCUUGCGGCGUCGAUUUCUGUCGCAAACCGUUUUGACUUUCUUCUUGUUGAUAGUGCUUUGCUCUUUAUUAGUUCUUCUCAAAACUGAGCGCGAGAUUAACAGCGAUCAUCAGCUGCGCGCUUCGGAAGUAAAUAAUUAUUUUAUCGACCUCCCUUCGCCGGCUUCGCACAGUUCAAUAGACUCAGAAGAUGCAGCUGUCUUAAAGAAUCUACAACUGGUAACUAACUAUCAGGAUAAAGAAAAAGGUCUGAAGUCUUUAACCUACUUGAAACAAUCGAAAGACAACCACAACGCGCAAAGAUACAACAACACGACGACAGACAGGAAAUCAUUUCUCGACUGCAGCGACGUAAAAUCCAUUCAAGUCGUGGAGAAUAUUGGUCGAGGUUAUACCAAAACUGUUCAAAAGGGAAUUCUCAGAGGCGUCGAAGUCGCACUAAAAAGCGUCCACAUUGAAAACGAGGAUAUUAAAAGCUGUGUUUCAAAUCCAUCAGCGCCUAGAUCAAUUGAAGAGUGUUUCAUUUUCGCCAAAUAUAAGCUUGCUAAGGAAAUUAUUAUGCUGCAACAGCUGCGGCAUGCAAAUAUUGUUAAGCUUUUAGGUUUCUGUUGGCAAAAUGAGUUAAACACAGCCGAUCUCAAAAGUCGUGGCCUCACUAUGGUAACAGAGAUCGGUACAGAACUGAACGUCCUCACACUGGUGCAGUUACCAUGGCAGGAACGAUUUAGGAUUUGUCUUGGCCUCGCCAGGUUACUGCACUACUUGGCCCAUUCUCCUCUCGGAUCGCUCUUCAUCCGGGACUUCAAGCUAUCGCAGUUUAUCUUGGUCAGCGGUGAGGUUAAACUGACGGAUUUUGACGAUGUCGACAACGAAGAACCCAGAUGUUCAGCGGACAGGGAUUGUGUCGUCAGAGGGAUUGCAAAAAAUAAGACUUUAAAGUGUGUCAGUGGAAGAUGUCAAGGGGUGGUUGCUGCUACAAAUUUAGAUAAUGCCUGCCGGAAUGUUAUUAGUCACGUUCUUGUACCGGGAGCUCCGAAAAAAUUACGAGGCCAUUUGAAGGAAGUCAAACAGAAUCUUCAGAGACUAAUCUGGAACACUGACACGUUUGUUUGGCACCUGGAAAGAGUUCUCAACCUUCUACACGCUGGGAAACACCGAGAACCGUACACAAGGCCGUUAAAUUUGUACAAGAAGAUCGUAAAAGCCGACUUUCCCACCUUGCAUGACUAUCACUGUUCAAACACACGUUUGCCUGGUGCCUGUGAACUAGCAGUAUAUGACAUCGCUGAGGCCAAGUACGAGUGUGACAUGGAUGAGGAGUGUAUGGCUUUCGUUUCGACGGAAAUGAAAUUGUGGACGGGUUUCUUCAUCGUACACUUAAAAAGUAACACCACACACGUCCGACCAAACGAAGACACUACAGUCUACAUUAAACAGCCCACGUGAACGCGAUGACCGUGUUGUUGUCUUGGAAGCAAAGUACUCCAUUGAGCCACGGACACGGAGUUCAUCAUGGCUACACCUUCAGAAGCUUGCGUGAAUUACACGAAAACACAGACAUGGAAAGAAUGGCUUGAAAGCAUGGUUUAUUUCAAACCUCCACAAUUGGAGGUAGUAACGUAUGCAACAGCUUGACCAUAGUGAUACACGAAGUUACUGAAACGCAUGACUUUCGAAGCAAAACAGAUCCAACGAAGACAUCGCAAAUUUUUGGUUCAUAACAAGCACGCAGGCUGAAUGUUUGAUGUCAAUGGAGUAAAAGGAAAAUUGGAGACCGCUAACCGUGUCAUGAAGCAGAACUCUAGCUUUGAUUUGCAUCAAGCAAACUACGGCUGUCAACUUUGCCAGCACUAGAUCUAACACUGCAAGAUCGAAUGCUACCUUAAGUGUUUAAGUCAGCUUCUCUUGAAUAGAAAGCCUCAGUUUGUCGAGCAUAUUUUUACGAGACGCAGUUUUCAACUUGUGUAACUCUUCUAAACACCAGCAACCAAAUCACGAGCAAAUUUUGCAACACUCCAACUACAACCCUUUUCUAGAGGGAAACUGUUUUUUUCUUUAAACACCUUUGCUAGGCCAAUCAUGUUUCGUUUUACGCUUCCUUCAAGAUGGCGCGCAUUUUGUUCUGUCUUGAUUAACUUUUAGCUCCCAAGAAUAUUUCGCCCUUUUUCCCGAACAAAUCUUCACCGCAUAAACCACCGCAUAUUUGAAAAUAUUUUACCAAUUUUCCUCACUGAAGGUUCCCUGUUGGAGGAGAGAAAUGGACGUCAAGUUGAUUACUUCAAAAUUUUCUCCAUUGACUGCAGUGAGCGCAAAAGUCUGAGCUUGCUGAAAAACUGAAUUCAAAAAUCUUUGUGUUGCUGACUCGACGAGAAUGGGGUGAAACAAAAGUACACGAGCAAAACAAUUUCUAAGGUGUUUGCUGGGGAAUAAACAUAACAGACCACUUUCCAUUGUGCAGCCUUUAACAUGUUCAAAAUUAAAUAAACACAAUAUUUUCAAACGUUAUAAAAUAUCAUCUGCAGUGGAGUCCCUUCGUGACAAAAUGUGAAGGAAUUGAGGAAUAAGUACCAUUAUAUUCUAUUGGUUCUUUUUAAGGGCUGCAUUCAGUAUAUUAUCAACACGAAAUUAGUAAAGAUAAGUUAACCAUGUUAUCGAAUUGGUAAAAGCUUACGUUUACAGAGUUACUGUUGCAUGGUAAUCCUUUAUUUGGACAGUGUCCACCGUUAAGAACGUCAAGUUUUCAAUGAGUGUCGAAAGUAAGCCAGGAUCACAUUGGUUUUGCAUUGCCGCGCUCCGUUCGGUCGAGAAAAUCUGCGUUAUAUACCCCUAAGCUAAUCAGAUGCAAACUGGUCGCCGCGUUUUCCCGCCCCUUUAGCAGUUUGCUAGUCUUUCCUUUGGGCUCUCAUUGGCUAAUAAUAUAGUCAAGUUCGUUCUGAUUGGCCGUUGCGACCAAUAGGUUUUUGGCAUUUCGACAUUCAAUUGAAAACUUCUCUAAACUGCGUGUUGAUAGCUGAUUUCAAUUUCCACUUGCAAGCCGAAGAUGUGUUACAACAACUUGCUUAGAAACGAAACGGAAUAACUUCAUAUCAAGAGAAUAUCAGUUUAU